AGGACUAACCUGAAGUUGGAGCUACACACAACGAUGAUCAGAAUCGGUGUUGUUGUGGUAUUAUUCAGUACAAUAUUUGUGACAAAAUGCAACAAUGUGCAGCGGCAUAUUCAAGUUCAGGGGGUUCAAAUUGGUGACCCAGUGACUCUCUACUGUGUUUUCUCAAAGCAAGUAUACAAUGAAGGAAACAUGUUCUGGUUUAAGCAAAUAACGGGGGAAAUCCCUCAAGUUGUUGCAAGGAUGCAGAAAUUUCAGCCCAGGCCUGAACUGUACAAGGAAUUUAACAAUUCACAUCUCAAUGUGGAGAGGGCUGAAGCUGACGGGAUAUAUCGUCUUACAAUCCCAAAGAUGGAACCAAUGGAUGAAGCUAUUUACUAUUGCGCAAGUAGGACAGACUAUGAAGUAAACUUGAUCAAUGGGACUUUUUUAGUAUUAAAAGGUAAGAAUCACCAGAGGUCUGAUUACAAGACCGUGGUACAGCGGCCAAUGUCUGACCCAUUCCACCCAGGAGAAAAUGUGACUCUGCAGUGUACAGUACUCUCUGAGACCUGUACAGGAGAACACAGUGUGUACUGGUUCAGAGCCGGAUCAGGAGAAUCCCAUCCAGGAGUCAUUUACACCCCUGGGGACAGGAGUGAUGAGUGUGAGAAGAGCCCUGAGACUCCCUCUCCUACACAGAGCUGUGUCUACAGCCUCUCUAAGAACAACCUCGGCCCCUCUGAUGCUGGGACUUACUACUGUGCUGUGGUCACAUGUGGUGAGAUCCUGUUGGGCAAUGGAACAAAAUUGGACAUGGCCACUGACACGAAAUGCAAUGAGUCAGGUAGAAUCAUUUGA